AUGUCGCCCCUUAAGGUUCUUAUCGUCGGUGGGGGCAUCACAGGCCCUGCUCUCGGCCAUUGGCUCUCAAAAGUGGACUGCGACAUCACCAUCGUCGAGCGAGCGCCGAACCUGCGUGCCUCGGGCCAGCAGAUAGACCUCCGAGGCGAGGGUCUGACCGUGAUGCGUAGGAUGGGCAUUGAACCCGCAGUCAGGGCCAAGUGCGUCGAGGAGGAGGGUGUCGAGUUCGUCAACGAGAAAGGCCAGAGACAGGCAUUCUUCGGAGCCAACAAGACCGGCCAGGGGAUGCAGAGCUUGACAGCAGACUUCGAGAUCAUGCGGGGUGAUCUGGUGCGCAUUCUGUACGACCUGACCAAGGACAAGUGCAAGUACAUCUUCGGAAACUCCGUCGAAGAAUUUGAGCAGACGGGCAGUGGAGUGCACGUCAAAUUCUCGGACGGCAAGGAGGAUGACUUUGACUUGGUGGUUGGCGCAGACGGCCAGAGCUCUAGGACGAGGAGGAGGGCAUGGGGCCCUGACGCAAAGGACCCUUUCAAUUUCUUAAAGCUCUUCCUCGCCUACUUCACCAUUCCCAAGGGAGAGCAAGACACAAUGAUCGCGAAGGUGCUCAACCUCCCCGGUCGCCGCGCCAUAUUCACCCGAGUCGACAAUCCGAGGACUAUGCAGGUUUACCUCGCCUACCUCGAAAAGGACGGCCACGCUAUGGAGGAUGCCCUGAAGAGUGGCGACAUGAAGAAGCAGAAGCAGCUCUGGGCAGACAUGUUCAAGGACGUCGGCUGGGAAGCCCCCAGGCUGAUAGACGGCAUGCUUAACUCCCCAGAGGCGGAUGAUUUCUAUUUCCAGAAAAUCGGCCAGGUCAAAAUGGACAAGUGGUCUCGGGGCCGCAUCGUCCUGGUCGGCGACGCCGGCUAUACGCCCUCACCUUUGACAGGAAAGGGGACUUCGCUUGGCCUCAUCGGAGCCUAUGUCCUGGGCGGCGAGAUCGCCAAACAUCUCGAGAAUAGCAAGGACCCAGGACAAGCAUUGGAUGCAGCUAUUGCAUCCUAUGACAAGGUUCUUCGCCCGUGUGUCGAAAAGGCGCAGUCGCUGAUGAAAGGCAUUCCCGCCAUCGCCUACCCCGAGUCUGAGUGGGGCGUGUGGGUCAUACAGCUCAUCCUGAAAAUCGUCUGCACCUUCCGCAUUAACAAGCUCAUUGAACGUUUUGCGUCAGACAAUUUUGCAGGAGACUGGAAGCUCCCGGAUUAUCCUGAAUUGCAGUAUGAAGAAGUCAAAGGUGGCAUGUAA